AAAAAUGUCGAUGGUUCAAUAUUAUGUCAAAUUCCAAACUUCUCUGGGACAAUUUCGUGUUAAAAUCUAAAAACAUUUUUUUUCUUAUUUAUAUAUACAGUUUAUCUUAUAUUAAAUGUAGUUAUUAUCAUAAAUUUUAGAUGUGAUUUGUGUAAGUGCCAAAUUGAUGUAUCGUGUUCAUUGGUAUUAUGAAUCAGGCUGAUCAAAAUAUAAACAAAGAUAUGUUUGAUUCUGAUUUGAUCGACGUGGAAUCUUUAGAUUUUUCCGAUCAUCAGACAUGGCUGUACAAAUUACCAGAGGAUUCAGGGCAGAAAGUGGACAUAAUCGACUGGAACCUGUCUUGUGGCUGGCCAAUAAAUGAGGACAGUGAAUAUUUAAGCUUAGAGAAGAAACUUAAUGCUAUAUUAGACAAUAUCCUCAAAAAUGAAAUCCUCGCGAUGCCAGACAAGCACAAGUUCGAUUCUCGAACUUACGUCAAACCGAAGAAACGCCCUCAAAGGCCGAGCAUCCAAAAUAUUAUGGAGGUUUCCAAUCCACCUUCUCUCUCGCCGAGUCCUUCGUUGAAUGUCAACAAGUAUUUGACUUACAACAAGUACAGUAUGCCCCUCGGACCGAUCAGUCCAAUGAUAAGGCUGAAGACAUUCAACGUGGAUACUAACACUGAAAACAGCAGUGUGAUCAAGGAAUACGCUAUGAAGCGAAGGAGUUUGGUGCAGGAUGAUGAUCCUCAGUUGGAAGACGCUGAUAUCACUUUAGGUCCGGAGAGGUCGGGUCGGCCUUCCAUCGAGUCAGUUCCAUCAAAGCCUAUCAACAUAGACUUCUCUCAGCCGGCGCAUAAUCUUCAUAACACGUUCAAUAAGGGACUGUCAAAUAUAAUUAACGAACGCGGCAGCCUGAAUAUGUACCAGAGUGGUGACUCCCUGAUGCGGAUGUCACCUCCGAGUCUCGUGUCGUCGCUAGUCAUGGAAAGUUCUGGAACCUUCAACCCUGAGUCUAUGGAAAGCAGGAAAUCAAUCCCGUCAUACAGAGAUUCAGGGCUCCCCACGUCGGGCCGCGACAGCAUCGACCCAAUGAUGACGAGCAUGACGCUCAGCAUACUCGACGAGAAAGAUAUGAGCACCAGCUUCCUCUCACAGACCACCUACCCGGACAACGACAGCUUAAUGGAUUCUCUGCCGCCCAGCCUCGUCAGUUCUGUUAACUCAUCCUACAUAGUUUCCAACACUUCGAAGCCUAGAGACAACACCGAUUCGAACAUCUUCAGUUCGGCGACCUUCACCCAUUUAGAACAGUCCGAAAGAUUAUUAACGAGCAGACCGCGAUGUCAGUUGUACAACAGUUUCACGAAACGCGAAUCCGGCUUGAGGAAUUCUGAGAGCUACACGAAAGCCCGCGAGGAGGCGUGUCAGAUCGACGGCUCUAAAGUUUUGAACGAGAACAGCGACAAGAAAGACUCCCCGAAGUCCGCAAAGCCGGGCCCGGAGAUGGCCGAGACGAUCACGCUGCACUACUCCAAUAACAAGUUCCGGAGAGACAAUGACGCGGAAAAGGAGAACUUUGAGAGAGACGACGCUUUCUACAAAGACAUGGGCCUCCAGAAGCCUGAUGACGUCGGCAGAAAUAGUUUGAAUGUUACGUUAGGGAAGCAAGAACUAAACGAGAUCAUACAGGCGCGGCAGAAGCUGUCUUUGGCCAGGAAGGCGUUGCCCACAGAAUCAGACCGCGUUCCUCCACCAGAAAGACAAGCCGACCCGGCUAUUAAAACGAUUCAGCUGCCGAACCAAACGAUCACGGUUCCCCGCCAGAGUAUGGAGAACGCAUCGGAGCUUCUGUCGAGGCGGAGAGCUUUGAACAACGGCUGCGGUCAGGAGGAGGUUGCCAGGGAAACGCCAAAACGUAACGCCACCUUCAAGAAAGCGUCGCCUAAAGCGAACGCGAUGGACACUACCGUCGUGUACGUAAAGGCUGACGACAACCAAAAAAUGAUCGAUAUCAAUUCGGCCACGAUGAACCUCAUCGAUUCCAGUGAGAGGACGCUGCAGCAAGAGGUAGGGGAGUGGGGCUUACAAGAGAGAGCGAUGGUUGGUUCGACGGAGAGCACCGACACAGGGACCUUUAGCUCGUCGAGUCCGCCGGACUGCGCGCCACACGACGUGCCACUGCAUGAUCCACGUACACAAAUAGCAUCAACUCCCCUGAUGCCGCUAAGGAGAGGAGCGCAAAACGACUUAUUAAACUUGCACAGUACAAUAUCACCAAUAUACGACAUGCUAGACGACAAAUCGUACACCAAAGUGCCGGUUACCGACUCGCCUAUGGAGCGUACAUACGACAUGCACAACACGACGGUGGUCAACAGCGCGACCAUGAUCAAGAAGACAUCGGCGAAGAGAGAUAUCCUCGCCGGCAAGACCAGUCCAGAUAAGAAGGGUAACGCUUCUCCUCAGAAAUCGCCGCCCAGAAAGUUUUCUCCUACCAAUACAGUAUCGUACGGUUCAAUGAUACCACCGGCCGCUGUCCCGAGAAAGACAAACCUGCCGACCUCCAAGUUGAGGCAAUAUAGUUCCCAUAGAGAACUGAGUAGGAUACCUGGCAACACCGCGGGCUCGUACGCUCCGCGCGGCGCGUCGGGACGCACGAUGGUACGCCGCGGCGUGUACGCUUCGAACCCGGCGCUCAGCCCCACCACUUCCAACGCUCCCGUUGCAUCGGAAUCCUACACGCUGCCCGAACCUCAGAAGACAGAAGACAGACCGAGACCUGUGUUGACGACUCCGCCCGCUCUGGUCAGGCAGGGCACGGAGACGUUGCGCAGGGACCGACCUCAGAGCCAACUGGUGGCGCCCAGAGACCUCCGGUCGGGGCCGGGCAGCGCCGUUCCCGUCUCUAUGAGGAGCCAUAUGCCUCCACCAACCACAAGGCCAUAUUCGACGGCGGGCGCGUCGCAAUUUCGGGUGUCGAGGCCGGCGUCCGGACCUCCGACGCACAAACACGUACCCGCGGCUCCGGUAGUGGAGCAGCCGCGGCCGGCGUCGGGGGCGGAGGCGCGCGUGUCGGCGCUCCCGCGGCCCUCGCGGCUGCCAGCCCCGCGACGGGGACUGCGGCCCCCAUCAGCGUACUCCGUGGCGCCGGCCGGGGACGUAGAUCAUUACUGACAUUUGUCCUGCUGUGCCAAUAUGUUGGCCAGGACACGACACUAGCCCAGUCCCCACUAGACUUAUGUAGUUAAUAAAACAUCUCGAUCCCUGAUUCAGUAAAAAAGAGGGUACAUAGAUGUUUUAUUACCUACAUAACUUCUAAGUUUCAGAGUAUAAUUAAAUUAUUUGUAUUAAAUCAACGCGACUGAACCCUUAAAUUUCUUCCUCACUUUGAUUAUUGUGAAUAAUAAAAAUGUUAAUGAUGUUAUGUGUGUAUGUAAAUCGUCUAAUGAUAUUUGUCUAAGUGUGAUGAUGAAACGUUAAGUUUUAGUUCGCGUACGUUCGUUUUAUGCUUUUGUUGUAUUAAGGGCGACAUCUGGCGGUCUUGCCGCGCAACUAAGACUGCAGCUUUAGGCCGUUUUCCAAUUACAGCACAAGAGCGCAUUAUGCGGCAUAAUGCUCAACUAAGCUUCAGCAUAAUCCGGCAUUGUGCGUCACUGAGUUGCAUUAUGCUCUGUAAUUGGAAAACUACCAUUAAGUAAUGGUUAAUAAUGGCUGUAAUUGGAAAACGGCCUUAAUUACUUUCGGAGCUUUCAUUGUUAUUAUGAAUCUGAACUAAUUAAACUAAACACCUUAUUUGUUAUUCGACAAACUUUUCAUUAAUUUAGUAAUUGUAUUGACAAUUUAAUUUAAUAAUAAAUUAGCUUAGUAAAAAACACAACAUUUUCUUAAAUUCUUGAACUUUUUCACUUUAAAUCUAAAAAACUGUUAAGUUCUUUAUGAUUCUUUCAAACAAUUCCUUAUUGAAUGUACGCGAACUGUAGUUUUUUUUUUACGUAAAGCGAUAAAAACAGUGAUUGUAAUGAAUGAUAGGGGUAGUUUAAAAAUUUUAUAAAAAUGGAAAAAAGGAGACUUUUUUUAAUUUGUACCUAUGUAAAAAAAAAGUGAAUUUUUUCACUUUGCAAGUUCUCACAAGUUUAUCUGUGUCAUAUUUGUAUAGAAUUAGUAUCGAGUUUGUAAUGUUUGACCAAUUUUCAUGCCAUGUACAUUUGAUAAAAAAACAUUUUCACAUCCUAUUUUUUUUAGUUUUCAGUAUCUUUCAGUGUUCGAAUGCUACCGAACUAUGCUUUAUCGAACAUUGAUUCUUAUUUAAACUUUAUUAUGAAUACAAUAAAAAUGAAUGUUUGCAUGUUUGUUUGAUUGUAAUAUACGAAUUAUCCGAUUCUCAUUUGAUACCGAAAAACUAUUUGGUACUGUGUAGGUUUUUGUCAUAGUACCAUGAACGUAAGACAGGUGGCGCGCGAGUUUUAACAUUUUAACCAAUUUUAGCGGAUCGUCGCCUGGGUUCACUUGUAAUAAAUAAAAUUUAUAAUUUAACCGGCAUUCAAAGUUUUACUUGAGAAAAUUUUGUUAUGUCUUAUCAGAGAGGUUUAGAAAACGACUUUUCUGAUAGAAAAGCCUCAUCAUUUCAGCCUCUGUGUGCUCUUUUCGUCGUCAUUCGCGUUAUGAAAGCUCAAAACAUUUUGAUAUAAAACUAUAUUUUAAUCAUGCGUUGGUACAAAGACAUACAAAUUAAGAUAAUAUAUUCCUACGCUGUUUACAAAUUUAGAUGUUAAUAUAACAUAAACAUUUGGCUUAAUAAUUUAUUAAAGAUAAGAAAUAUAAUAAAUAUUUUUCGCAUUUUGAUUAAAUAAAUAUUGUAAUACGUAAUCUAAUAAAUAAUGCUUUAGAGGUAAUUUUUGUAUUUAAAAACGAACAUUUUCACGUCUUUGUAAUAUACACGCGUACAUAUUAUGGCACGUUAUUAAUUUUACGUACAAUAUAUUUUUAAUCGCCUCCAUAGUAUUUAUUUGGAUUAUAUCAAAUUUAAAAUUUACCUAAUGUCACAUUAAACUCACAAGAGUUUGUAUAGAUAUAUAAAUGUUUGUACAUUAUGUAAAUGUCGGUGUGGUUGCUUUUCAUAUCAGUUUAUCAUAUCUAUAAAUAGCUUUUUAUAUGUGUCAUUUGAACUCUUUAUGUUUAUGUAUUUUCAAGAAUUGACUUUUGGCUGCGGAGGUCAUACAUAGCGAAUUUCUUUGACAACAAACUGUGACCUUUGAACUACUCAAUUAUAAAAUCCGAGCAAUAAUUAAUUGGAUUUUAUUCACACAAAUUUAUUCCAUAGUAUGUAUCGUUGCCAACAAAGUCAUUUAACUGUAACGAAAUAAUAGUAUCGAUGUUGAAACUGAACUUAAUUUUGCUGAAUACCCGAAUUUGUAAUAUAAUAGUAUAAAGGAAAUAUAUUACUGAAAUAUUACAUAGCAAUAUUGAAUCGUUAAAAUUGAAGAAGUAUUUCACAUAACUGGAUACAUAAAAUCUGAUAUCUAUCAACGAGUUUAAGUUUUAAAUUAAAACUAUAUUAAAGUCCAAACUCGGAAAAAGACAAGAAUCCGUACAAUGUAUGAGAGUCAAGAGUUUUAGGUCAAAUAUUCGCGUUUAAAUCUAGACUUAAUUGAAUGUUUGCUUAAGUAUCGCACGUGCAUCGAUGUUUUCCGGCCAAAUUACCAGUAUUCAGAGUAGUUAAGUCUGGCAUUAUAAUAUAGCUACUCGUUUGCCUGUUCGUUAGUUUGUAAUUGUAUAUUUUUGUAAACAUGAACUUGUAAUGUAUAGUUAUUUUCAAACGUAUUUAUUCUGUUAACAAAAUUUAAAAUCAUAUUUAAUUUUGAUUAGAUCAAUUUGGAAAACAUUGUAACAACGUUGUUAAUUCAACUAGGUACUCUAGGAUGCCUAACGUUACUUUGACUUUUUUUAAUGUCAGGUUUGACAUGAAGAUGUAGCAAACGAUUCUGGACAUGUUUUUUUCCUAUUGAUAAUUAUGACUGUGAGCUGUUUUCUCGCUGUGUUUUGUGAAAGCCGGUCCGGCCUGGCGGGUUUUACGGUUCGUUUGGACACGUCGUGCCUUAUUUAGAGAAUGUAAGAAAUUUUGUUUUCAUUUUCUAAUAAAACCUACUUAUUUUA